UGCUAGGUACAGAUAGGAGGAGCAAGCCGUAAAAGUCAAUCGGACGUCGGCUUUGUUUACAUCUGGAGGAUGUGGCAGGACAGAGACAGUAUGGCUCAAACUUUUAGUCUAUGACUUACUGUGACAUGUAACAUCAAAUAACAAGGAUCAUGGGCGCUUUAGCUUGUCUGUCGGUGCUGUACUGGUUGUUGUUUAGCCCAGUGGUGUCCGGUGAACAGGUGGCAUUUGUAGAGGUGUUUCUGAAAGACCAUCAGGAUGUUUUACAGGGCGAGGUGGUCCAGGAGAGUGUGAAAAACGAGAAUCCUAACAAAAAGAAACAUGAACUCAAAGGGGACCUUGUUUUGAUAAAAGACAAAGCUCUUGCAACUAAUAAUGAAAACAGCAAUGAAAAUGAUCAGAACCCCUGGAUAGGAGUGGUACCGGUCCAAAUGGAGGAGGGCACGGCCCCUAGUAACAGCAACCAGGAGUCUUUUGCUGCAUCUGUGGUUAAUAAGAUGAAGCGAGCUCUUGUUUUGGGUGCAUCUGCUUUGAUCAUACUGGCCUUAAACCAGAAUACGGUCAGAGAGAUGGAUCUCUCACAGGUCCUCUCUAAGCCAAUCAUUGUUAUUCAGACAUCAGAAAAUGUCACCAAGCUUAUCGGAGCACUCCUCAGGGGCCUUCAUGCAACAGCAAAAAUCACCUAUAAAACAUUUCUACAGGAUAGCCUAGGGGCCACCCUGACCCUUUGGUCGAGCUGUGGGCGCUCGAGAGGUGGGCUGUACGGCGAGUGGCAGGGGGUCAUAUGCACCGGAGAGACCAACUCUCAAGUACAAAAAUAUCUCCAGCAGCUGUGGAACACUGUUGUUCUGGUGGCCCUGGUCCUCUCCACCGGUGUCAUAGUUCAAGCACGCUGGCAGUUUCAGGACAACCAGUUUAAUGACGAUUCAGAGUCACACCUCAAGCAGGACAUUUUAAAGAGACUAUCCGCGCUGAAGACCAGAAUAUACCGGCAACCUAAAGUAAGGUGUGACCUCACACAAACUCAACAAGUGGAAACAGACAAUUGUGCAGUUUGUCUCGAGCAAUACAACAACAACCAGUGUUUGAGGGUGUUACCGUGUCUCCACGAGUUUCACAGAGAUUGUGUGGAUCCAUGGCUUCUCCUGCAGCAGACCUGUCCUCUCUGCAAACGCAGUGUGCUUGGUAAUUAUUAUUAACUGGACCAGGAUGAAUUCUGGACUAUUCUGGUUUGGUGAAAUCAGACUUUUUUUAAGUGGUUCAGAUUUUCAUGGCAACUAAAACCCUCCUGUGUAGUGUAUGGUCAGGAUGCAUCAAUGGCAACGAUCUUUGACCAAAGACUAUGAACCUUGACUUCUUACAUCACCCCAAGAGACAGAAUUUUGAUCACACCACUUAAGAAGUUUGGUUUUCUGCACAGUUAAGUACUGUAUUUAUUUGGAGAUGCAGUACUGAUAAUGCUUCAUUAGAAAUCAAAUGAACCAGGAAUCAUGCAUAAUCUAAAACUUUUGUUUGAAAAGGUUAAAGAAAAUGUAAAACAUCAAGACCGCUUCCCACUCGUUUCCACUUAAGAAAUGGCAAUCUUUUGGCACAAGAUCUUUUAAAACUUAAAUUCUCUGGCAAACCUGCAAAUGAAAACUCCAUGUUUGUAGGCAGGUAAUGUAGUCAGGUAUGUCAUUAUUCUGCCUUCAAGUUAGUACAGAUGCUUGUUGGUUUUGGGAGAGGCCAAACACCUACUCUAAAACUAACCCAUUUGGUGGAAAACAGGUGUAUGCAUCAGUUCCUUUAGUCUAAUUCUUUAUUUUUUAAAGGUGCAGUGUGUACAUUUUACAUGGAAAGUCGCCAUUUUGCACCGCCAUGAUUCUACAGUAGCCCUAAACACACAAAAUACUCUACAGAGUGCAUUUUGUCACUAUAUGUUGUCAAAGACGGCAAAAUUUUUGUCCUGUGUUGGCCAUCGUAGCUCUAUGUGCUUUGAAAAAAAGAGGGGUGAGUGGUGGACUGAGCCACUUCACCGCUAGUUGCCGCUAAAAUGUACACAUUGCACAGAACUGCAAGGAUGCCCAUGUUGUUAUGCUGCAAAGACAGAUUUUCAACAUGUUAAGUGUGAUUUUUAAGGAGGAUUAAGUGGGUGUUUCUCUAACGCGAGGAUGCGUCCUAGGAAGGCUGCCAGGUCAUCAGGCAUCGAAGGACAUCUCAAUGUUUCGAAGGCAGCCUCUGUUUUGUGCCCUUCAUUCUGCUUGACACAUGAAAACGUCUCGGGUUACGUAUGUAACCGUUGUUCCCUAAGUAGGGAACGAGGCGCUGCGUCUCCCUUGCCAUAGUUCUUGAAUCCCUGAAACGCCGUCUUUGGCAAUAUUUCAAAUAGCGAUAUACUUCCUUGCUCCCGCGCACCCUGUCUUUGUCGUUAAACCUCACCAUUGGUUGAAUUUGAUAUACACAUUCAGACGCACUUACCCUUGUAGGCGUCCCCAGAGUGUCACCGCAGUGGCGCAGCGCGAGUUCCCUCGAAAGGGAACUGUAAAAAUGUAUCUUAAGAGGUAACACGAUGUAAACUUGCUCUCAAUUGAAAUGUGUCCCCACAUUUAGUCCUUGAAUUUGAGGGUAUUGGACCUGGAAAAUCCUUGAAAGGUCCUUGAAUUUGAAGUUAACUAAGGUUUGGGAACCCUGUAUCCUUCGUGCCCUCAAAUCACCCACAAUCCUUUGUACACAUUAAAAAAAGCAUAGCAAGUAUCAAAUUUGUCACUUUCGUUACCCAAUUUCAUUCUUAAAUAUAAGCCAAACAUUUGUAGGAAACGAGUGUGCACCGAGCUCACCAAAUUUCAGUGUGAAAUGUAAGAUAAAAACAUGUUUUACAUUUGUUUUCCUUAAUUUUUUACAAAUCAGUGUUAAACUGCAAAUUCUUCAUAGAACUGCUUAUUCACACUACUGAAUCAAUGGAAAGUUGUACUAACUUUUUGUGGUGAUAAAUUGCAUUAUCUUCAGCAUCUCACUUUAAAGUUUUCAUGACAAGAACCAUUAUGAUGUGCCAUGGACACUUAUAAGACCUUCUCGUUCUAGCGUUUAAAGUUGUGGAGGACUCUAACCUUGAACUGUCAGAAGGACUGUAUAAGAAAGGAAGCAGCCUUCCUAUGGCGCGUCCACGAGGAACACCCAGUGAUUUCAGGAUUGUUUUUUUUUUUAAAUGUAUGGUAUUUAAAUAUUUCCUGUUUAUUCCAAAUCAUACCAAAUUGCAGCUUUCAAGCUUUUAUCAUAACACUUUAUCAUAGGAUUUAUUGGUUCCAUGUUACCUCAGGAGUGGUCAAACGGGUACAAAAUUAUUCAGUUGAAAAUCU